AUGCCGGUGAUGCGCCCAAACCUAGGCAAGCAACGAACGGCGGCAGUCGACGGCGAGCUGCGCACCACUUGGCUCGGCCACGCAUGCUACCUGGUCGAGUUCCCAUCCGGUCUGCGGGUAUUGUUCGAUCCAGUCAUGACGGACCGCUGUUCGCCAGUGAGCUUCCUUGGCCCGAAAAGGUUCACCGAGGCGCCGUGCACGAUCAGCGACAUACCAAUUGUUGACAUUGUUGUCAUUUCUCACAAUCAUUAUGACCAUAUGAGCUACCCGACCAUCGCAGAGAUCCAAAAACACCACCCCAACGCGCAUUUCUUUGCACCCCUCGGCAACGCCGACUGGUUCAGGUCCUGUGGAAUUACCGCCGUGACGGAGCUAGACUGGUGGCGAGAAGCCGACGUGGUCAUCGCCGGGCAGUCGCUCGACGGGGCCGGCAUCUCGGCGCGCCUGACCUGCCUCCCUGCACAGCACAACUCGGGCCGUACGCCCUUCAACACGGACCGGACCCUGUGGGCCUCGUGGGCGGUCGAAUCAGGUGGAGGAAAAGUGUUCUUCGCCGGCGACACCGGCUACCGAGCCAUCCCUCACGCCGUGGCCGCCGCCGCCGCCGAAGCCGCACGCAUCGCCGAGACGGAGGCCCAGGGCAAAACCGAAGUCGACGCCGACUUUGAGGACGAGUACUACGAUUCCCACGUGGACGAGCUGCCUCCCGCUUGUCCGGCGUUUGCGCAGAUCGGCAAGCUCCACGGGCCCUUCGCGCUGGGUCUGCUGCCCAUCGGCGCCUACGAGCCGCGAGGGCUGAUGGCGAGCAUCCACGCCAGCCCCGCGGACGCCGUGGAGAUCUUCCGGGACACGCGGUGCGGGCGCGGCCUGGCCAUGCAUUGGGGCACGUGGGUCAUGGGCGACGAGGACGUGCGAGACCCGCCGAGGCGGCUUCGGUUGGCCCUUGCCAGGAAGGGAAUGCCCGCUGAGGGUCUGUUUGACGUGUCCAUGUUGAACGACAAGAAUCCCAUGAAGGUGCAAACCGCACCGCGAGGCCAGGCAAUCCGCCCGACGCCUCUCGUGCUUAUCCACGACGGCGGCGGUACAACCUUUAGCUAUUUCUCCCUCGGCAGCCUGGGUCGCGAUGUCUGGGCUCUCCACAACCCCAAGUACUUCACCUCGGAGCGAUGGGACGGCGGCAUCGACGAGAUGGUGAAGCACUACAUUGACCUGAUCAAGGGUGCCGGCAUUCGCGGUACCAUCUUCCUAGGCGGUUGGUCACUCGGCGGCUACCUCUCCAUGGCCAUCGCCCGGGCCCUCGCCACCGAACCCAGUUCACGCAUACGCGUAGCGGGCAUCCUGCUCAUGGACUCUCCCUUCCUCGUGUGCGGCGCGAAGCUGCCCAGCGACACGCCACCACCGGACGUGCAGCUGCCGGAGCUCGUGCAAAAGUCCCUGGACAACUGCCACGACAUGCUGCACGACUGGGAGCUCCCCACGUGGGGUGGGGCAGCGUGCGGCGGCAAGAGCGUGCGCUUCACGACGGAGAAGCGCGCAAAGAGCUUCUUGGUCCCCAGCAGGUCGGCCAUGUACAAGCCGCUGGGCGGGGAGUGGACCUCGGUAGAGACCGGGAGCUUUGAAGGGACAGACUCGCAGCAGGCAGCAGGCAGGGCGAUACUACCGCCGGGGGUCUUGCUGCGGAGCGUGGAUCGCGCACCCCCCAAGGGCGGCGACAAGGGUGUUCCCUGCCGUGUGGACGUGUUCCGAGAUGAGACGAUGCUGGGGUGGGAUCACAAACACCUGUCCUUCAUCAAAGCUGUCAUUGAUACGCCGUCGCAUCACUAUGGUCUGUUCAAUCAGGAAAAUUAA